GGGCGCUGCCGACGGAUGCCGCGUCGAGUCCAUGGCCGACCUCCUCGUCCAAGCUCGGCACAAGCUGCUCGAAGGUGAUGGGAUGGGCAGAGCAACCGGGGAUGCAGGAAAAGGUGAGCUGUUCUGCACUGGAUCAGGGAGACCAGUGUCUGUCAGCGAGAGGGCUAUAAGGAGGGCCAGGGCGUUGGUUGGGGAGGAGGUGGAGAAGGCUGGUAUUAAGAGAAAGCAAUCAUUUGGCGAUGUACCUGAUGUAGAGGGCGAUUUGGGAGAAGUGGAUGCCCCAUUUAGAGGUGGAGUGCAAAACACCACCAUGCCCCCAUUGUUCCAAACUGGAUCAGGAAAAGCGGUCUUGCUGGGCAGGAACUCAAUCCAAAAGGCAAGAGUUGUUUUAGAAGGUGUGGACGGCAUGGAACAGUUUCCGUUGUUCCAAACUGGUUCAGGAAGAGUUGUAUCAGUCAGUUCAGCAUCUGUUCAGAAAGCUAAGUCUGUGUUGAAGGAUAAUAAUACAAGCGAGGAAAAUAUGGAGAGUUUUGGUAGGCCUAACCAGCCUAUGAUGUUCCGAACUGGUUCAGGAAGACCAGUCACGAUCAGUGAAAGAUCCAUUGAGAGAUCUAGAGCUGCGGUGAAUAAGGGAGAUGCGGAAAAGAGUGGACAUUGGGAUACUGGUUGCCAAUUCCCAAUGUUCCAAACAGGAUUAGGGAAGCCUGUUGCUGUGAGCUGGAGCGCAGUUCAGAAGGCAAGGGCAGUAUUGGAGGAAGAAAAAAUUAAAACAACUGGACAUGGAGAUAGCAGUGUUUGUGCCACAACUCUUCAAAGUGAAACGCCAAGGUCUGUUUUGAUGAGUAGCAGUUUGAUCAUGACUGAUAGAAGUGUUACACCAAAUGGAGAUAGUGCAAUGCAAGUCACUCGAAUGGAGAAAAAUCAUGAGGGUGGCAACCACUUGCCGUUGUUUCAAACUGGGUUAGGGAGGUCAAUUGCUAUAAGUAAGAGCUCAGUUAAGAGGGCAACUGCAGUUCUAGAGCCAAGGAAUAUUGCAAAGGAAUUGGAAGAUGAAGCUCAUUUAGAUGGUGGCCAUGACACUUCCAUGUUCAAAACUGGAUUAGGAAGGUCUACCUUGGCAAGUGAUGGCUGUAGAAAUGAAUUGUGUAUCUUAGAGGCUGAAGAAGCAGUCAAAAGUGUAAACAAUUGCAAUGGAGAAGCCUUUGUUGAAGAGGCAGCGUUCCAAGCUGGAAUACAAAAGUUUGUACCCCAAAAUAGAAGUUCAAGUCAUAAGGCCAGUAUGCUUUUGGAGCAACGAAACUUCAUGGAGAAAGGAUACGAAGACUGUGGAAGUCAACUGCCAAUAUUUCAAACCGGAUCUGGAAAGUCAGUCUUGAUUAGUGAAAGCUCAGUGCAGAAAGCAAAGGUUGUUCUGGAGGAAGAAGUCAAAAUAAACAUAGAUAAUCAUAAUCUCCUUAACUUGGACAAAAAUAUUCCUGUCUUUGCUUCACCUCUCAAGACAAGCUGUGCAAAAACAGUUAAUAUAUCUUCAGCUGGUGUAUCUCGAGCUGCUACUUUGUUGGGCUUGGAGGAGAAUACCCUUUCAACACAAUUUUUUGGACAUGUGGGCGAUAAGCUAGGCACUAAAAUAAAUUUUGAGCGGAAAAAUCCAGAACAGAGGCUUGAUCUUGCAUCUUGUUCAACAGAAAACCAAGUGCAUAAGGAACCACACCGGCCAUUUGAACUUUCUAAUAACACAGUUUCUGAUUCUGGUGAGCAUUCUAUCAGAUUCAGUACCGCGGGAGGCAGAUCAGUGGCUAUUUCUAGUGAUGCACUUCAACGCGCGAGAAGCCUUCUCGGCGAAUCUGAUCUUGUGGUUUCAACAAAUAAUUUAGUAGGUCGCCCUUUGGCAUCUGCAUGUAAUGUUGAGAUGCCAAAUUCAACCGUUGCCCCAAAAGGUGGACCUGAUUUAUCAAAAAUAAGUAGGGUCAAUGGGAAAACCGAAGUUGCAACAUUUUCCCACCAGACAAUGUCUGGUAGGAAGCACACCGAAUCCUCUAAAAAUGCUGCACCUGCUAUCCCGGCGACUAACAAACCACCCAAUAUGUUUCAUGUUGGGAGUCGUUCAAUCAAUGAAAUUCCAAAGGUCCCGAAGCCCUCUUCCAUGUGUUUAUCUGAAACUGACAGUGCAAAUGACACUAAAAAUAAGGCCCAGCGACUCCAUAUGCCAGCUGGAGCGUUGGUUGACAUUAGUAACAUCAUGGGUACACAUUCUGGAAAUAUUGACCAUGCUGUUAAUGAGAAGAGAAGAAGUGGGGGAAGCAACUCUGCAUCUUCGUUUAAACGCCCCCGCUCGUCCAGGUCCUUUGAUUUGCAUCCCUGUUAGCAGACUGUAUACUCCUUGAUGCCAUGCUUCUGCUAUGCCCUCGCUGGCAAUGUGAGUUUGACAUUAAAUGCUGCCGAUGUUUUUUUAGGCAGCAGCCAGAAAAGGCAGUGGCUCUUUUUGGACAGACAGAUCUAAAUUUAUCUCGGCAUCACAGCCCAGAGCAAGAUGAUUGUCUUCCAGCAGUAAGCUUUUCUUGCCCAACUGCCGUCGAUGACUGCUUUUUAACGUUACACCCUUUCUGGAAAUAGAUAAGAUUAUCUCUCUUAAGGAAGCUCACCAUGGAAUAAUGGGCGCUGCUGCUUUUGGAAGCAAUGCAAGAAAAUGUUUGUUGGAAGUCCUGCAGAGUUUACUAUCCUCACUGGAUGCUCACUGGUAGUUGUUGAAAUGUGUAUAGUAGGGUGUAUGUAUAGCGUGCGCGUGAUUUCGGAUCCUGAUCCGGUUAAGUUAGGCUUGAUCUCCUCUGUACAGGUUUGUAGUAAACGUCGAGAUCAAAGCCCAUAACGACUGGUUCCUAACGUCUGUAAUCUCCUGGCCUGAACCUUUUUAUAACGUGCAUGCGUCCUUGUUGAUA